GGACAAGAAACGACGCAGACCAGACCAGCCCAGCAGCAGCAACAGCCGCACACAGCCAUACACACUUCAGCUCAGCGCAGCGAAACAGAAAAAGACCAGAAACCAACCAGAUCAGAUGAUGACCCUCCCCCCCAUCUCGCCCCGUCUCUCUCAAUGGUUCAUGCCCUCGCUGCCCUCGGUUUUUUGGCGUACUGCAUACCGCACAGCGGGCUGCACAGGUUGGCCUGCGACGGCUCCAUCACCAGCACUCUCCCACUCCCGCCCUCUUUCGCCCCGGAUGAGGAGGAGCACAGGUAAGAAGAGACACAGCAGCUGUUGGUGGUGGCUGGCUGUAGCUGUGGCCGAGCUACUGUGAGCGGCUGUCUCGGCGACACGAGUGGGGUGUAUAUGUGUGUGGCCGUGGCCGUGGCUGUGGCUGUGGCUGGCGGAAUGGGAGCUUGUGCAGCACUCGGUUGUGCUUGUCUCGCAGGUGGUGCUUGUGCUGUGACUGGUGGGAGUUUAUCCUUGUUCUUGACUUGGGGGGGCCCGACGGUGGCGUCGCGGUAAAUAGGCCGCGACUCAACCACAAUGUACUCGUUAACCACCUCGCCUGACACACACACACAGAGACAACAAUCCCUUCCUUCGGCUAUCCAACUUCUGAGCAGGCGUACCUAUGACAUCUCUGUCCCCCUCUCUCGGCGCCCAGCAGCACGACCGCCCCACCCCGCCCCUCGCCAACACCAUCGGUGUCUCGCCAACAGGCCUUCCCGUUGGCCACGGCGAGGGCGGCGCCGAUGCCGAUGCACCCAGACGACACGGCAUCAUGCAGAUCGUCGGCACCUUGGGCGGAGUCUGCAGCGCACGGGCGCCCCUCGGAGUGAUGGAUUGCGGCGUGGCCAGGAGGGACGAGCGUGGCGACUGCGACUCUUCGGGGAUCGGACUGAGGCACGGCCUCGGCUGCUGUUGCGGGAGCGGGGGCGGCAGUGUUUGCCGCGUGGGAGACACGUCCGUCUGUGUGGCGUGGUCCACCUGAGGCUUGGUGAGGAUCCUCGACAGCCACUCGGGUGUGCGUGCGCGUCCGACCGUGGCGCCCAGCUUGGUCUUGACUGGAGGUGCUGCUGGAAAUGUGUUGCGUCGCUUGAUGUCGCGGGCGAAUGGGAAGCUGACCCAUGAAGAUGGGUGCCUCGGCGAGACGCUCAUGUUGAGCUGCACAGGCAGCCUGGAACGCCGUUCGGUCUUGCUGCCUGGCGACGGGGGCGGCAGCAUCGACACACCCGAGUCGUUGAGGGCCUUGUUGCGCUGUGAUGCGUCCUCGUCCGGCGACGUGUAGAGGCUAAGACGCGAGUAGGGCGUGCCGAUGCCGCGGUAGACGUCUCCCGCCUCGCUGGGCGGGCGGGACACGCGAGGGCGGCGACGGUCGGCUGACGCCUUCCAUCGCUGCAGCUCCUCCACGAGGCGCUGGUUGUCUCGCUUCAGCACAUCUGAAUGACGCACAGACACAGACACGUGCAAUCCACAUAUAUGUGGCCUGCCAUCUGCACCCACCGACCCAUUCUCGCGGUGAGAGCGUCCAUUUCCUCGUCGAUCCCCCGUCGCGGCUCCAUGGGCGUUCCGACAGGCGUUGGAUGACUUCUGCUUGACCAGGCCGACAUGCUCGACAGCAGCUGCAAUUGCUGCGGCGCCUCGAGCGGCGACUGAGGGCCCUGCACCAUGAUGAUGGGCGACCACCCCAUGGCCAGAGGAGACGGUGCCAUCAGUCGCAGACCUUGGGACGGGGGGAGGCGGCCAGGGGCAGUGAGUGGGCGGCCUGGUGUUGAGGGAGCUGGCGCACUCUGGGCUCCACCUGGUGGCUUGCCGACCGACGGGGGUGGAUGGAGCUCGCUGGGAGUGUGGACACUGUAAGGGGAUCCGUCACCGCGGAGAUAUGGGGUGCCACUGGGGCUGAUCGGGGCUGCGUGCACCGCACACCACCGCCACACAAACAAACAGAUAGAUGACCACCACGCCAGUGUGUCUGUGUGGAUGUGUGUACCUCUCGCGAGUUCGUCUGCGAGCGAGAUUCGAGCAUGGACAGGGCCAGUCUGCAUCAUAGCUGCAGCAACGGCAUAGAAAAGGGGUAUGUCACAGUCACAAGCAGCCAGCGAGCUCGGGGAAUGAUGGAGUGUCGAGUUUUCGCUCACAGUUUGGCUGGGAGGGUCGAGGGUGGUACAGUCGGACUUUGAGCGACGCCACCUGCUGCUUGGCCUCAUUGUAGUGGGCCUGCAGGUGCUGCAUCGACUCCAUCAUACGCUCAUGCAGACGAGACACCUCCCUGCACACACAGACACACAGACACACAGACAAGGGAUUGGAAUCGGGCGGCUAGACAAGUAUGUGCACCUUCUGACCUUUGCUUGUCUUCCUGCGCUUCAAAAAGAUCAUUCUGCAGCUCGUGGAUGCGCUGACGCAAAGCGUCAUUCUCCUGCAGCAGCUCUGGCAACCAGACAGCACAGCACAGCACACAUGUGUUGAUUCAGAAGCAUGCAGUCCACUGACAGACGCCCACCUUGCAUCUUCCUUUGGAGGGUGCGGAUGUGGUCGUCUUUCUCGAUCUGGGCCGCCUCGGCCGUGAGAGCCACCCGCUGCGACUGCUCCAUUGCCAGCAACUGCUCUGCCUCCAUGUAACGCGCAUAGAUGUGCUGUAGUCACACACACACACACAUACAAAUUGGUGACAUUGUCGGUUGCGAGGUCUGUCCUUGCUGUGACGAUGCAUGCGUACAUCGAUGUCCUUUUGCAGCUUCUCGAGGUGUGCGAUGGAGGCCCUGCGCGACUUGUCGACGCGGAACUCCUCCGCUGCCAACACGUUCUGCAGCUGAACCCGCAACUGUUUGCACCAAUCACACACAGGUGACACGAACAGACGGACAUGCACUAUUUCGUGGCGCACUGCAGCUGACCCCUUCUAUGUCGUCUUUGGCCUUUUGUGCCGUUGCCCGCUUCUCUGUCUCGGCGCUGGCCAGCUCCUCUUCCAACUGCAUCAUGGCUGCACUCACAGAAGGAGCCACAAAACAGCGACAGAUAUAGAGAGAGGAGGAGGGAGGAACAGAGGCCUUUCCGUGCCAUGCGUACCAUUGAUGAGCUCUUCUCGCUGCCUGCGGUAGUGCUCCGCUUCUGCAUACAGCCUACAGCCACCAAACACAGACACACAGAGACAUGAGACUGUGGCGCGAGUGGAAGAGGGUGUCAAGCAAGGGGUGGGUGAGCCACCUUUGGUUCUCUGCAUCUGUAUCGGCCAUUGCGCUUUCGAUGUCCUUCCGUCGCUCGUCAAACUCCCGCUGCUGCUCGUCGAACUUAUCCUGCAGACAGGCCAGGCGGGACAGAGUAUUGUGUGUGUAUGUAUCAAUCGCACCCACUCACUCACUCACUCACUCAGCCGCAUUCAUUGUACAUCAAUAAUUGUCUCGUGUGAAUGAACAACGAAUCAGUCAACCAAUCAAUCUCACCCUUAAUGCCCCAUACUCCGACUUCAAAAUCCUGCGAGGCACGGCGUACAGUCAUUCAUAACGCUCCCGUCACUCACUCCUCGCCCUCUCACCUAUAUGUCUGCUUAGGGUCUGUUGUCUCCAAGAAGCGAUCAGCUCCCUCAGACAACAUCGGUGACGCACCCAGUGACGACACACCACCCACCGACCUUCCCUCUAUCUCCUGGGUCAUAUUGAAGCCACCCGGCCGAGACCCCUCCGACUCCCCCAUGCUGCUGGGCCGCUUUUCAGGCAGCCCGUCGUUGGCUUGAGGCUGCCCCUCACUCAUCUGAGAUGCGGGGCUGCGGGCCCCCAGCGCUUGCGAGGCCUUGACAGUGCUCCGGUCCGCCGCGAGUGUGCGCGUGACGUUGCGAUUGGCUGAGGGGCUGCUGGCGGCGCUCGAUGCACGUUUGGGAGCGGGGGGAUCCGCCGGACCUGCACGGGAAAGGCAGAAGGGUGGAUGCUGGCACGUGUGACUGGCAUGGCGUCCAUCCAGUGUUUUCUGGCGUACCCGGCUGCCCCCUUGCUUCCAUGGUUGCGGACGGGGUCCUGGUUACAGAAACAAUUUCAAACAAACAACCACAGGAGGGGCGGUUGUCUUCCUGUUUCCCUGCCUUUCUUUUGCUCCUCACCUCCCUCCCGAGUUACGGCGGCGGCCGAGCACCCCAGAGGCUGGCCCUCUCUUGGGGCUCAUCGAAGAAGCCUUCAUUCCGAUGGAUGGACGACUCUGUACAGGUGGCAAAGUUGCCUCUCUUGGUUUCCAGCACUCGACGCACCGUGCUGGG